AUGGCCUCUCAGCCGCAGCCCCUGCACCCUGCCUUGCCCUGCGCCUCUGCCACAGGCGCCGGGGCGGCUGGGCUGGCGGCCGGCAGCCCCGAGAAAGGCAAUGCUCGCCCCAAGCCGCCGGUCCGGCCCAAACCCCGGGUGCUGCCCAAGCCGGCUGUGCCCGCCAAGCCCUCCCUGCCGCACCCCCCGCCGGCGCCGCGGCACCCUCGCCCGGAGCUGCCCUCCGCCGAGAAGAUGAACCGCCUGGCAGGGCCCCAGCCCUACAGCGGGGGCAGCUUGGGGGGGCCCCUCAGGCGCCCCUCCUUCACCCUCAAGACACCCGAGACCCCCAACGGGAAGGGACUCUCGUCCCCUCCGGUCGCAGCCGCUGAAGACUCGGGUUCGACCCCUGGCGAGGAGGUGCCCCCUGCCCCACCGACCCCCCCUCGCAAAGGCCCAGCUCCCUUCAAGGUGACGCCGGUGCCGGUGGCGUCCAAACUGGAGCGAUUUCCAGGCACCACCGUGGAGGAGAUCCUGGCCAAAAUGGACAGCAGGGAGGGCCCGGGGAGCCCGGACCGAGCCCGGCUCUCGCCCUUUUGCCCCGAUCCCUCCUCUCGCUUCGGCUCCAAGACCUUCACCGCCUUCCGGAGACGCCCCAGCGGGGAGGCGGAUGGGGCCCCCCCCGGCGAAGCCCGCCAGGCACCCCAACCCGUGGCGGGCGAGCUGGGGACGGGGGAUGACGGAUGCCCGACUGCCGAGACAAGCGGCUCCCCCCCAGCCGUCCCGAGCUGUGCCGGGGACCCCCGCGGACGCCGGAGGCCACCUUCCCCCCCUGACCUCUCCUCUCUCCAGCCGGGCGCCCUCGGACCCCCGGGCUCCCCAAGGCCCCCCGCCUGCCCAGCCCCGGCACCGGGAGCUCCUUUCCAGCCCACCGAGCCCUCUGCCUCGGCCCCCGGCUCUCCUGAUGCCCCCCCAGAGCUCCCGGCCCCCGGAUCCCCCACGCUGGCCCCCGGCUCCCCUGAAUCCCCCGCUCGGCCUCCACCUGAGGUGUCGACCGCCUCCAUCCAGGCCCCGGGUGCUCCCUCCUCCGCCCCUGAAGCCCGGCUCAGCGUCUCCCGCUCCCCUGGCUCCCCCCACACUCCUGGAGAGGGAUCCCCUGAUACUGCCAGCCCCCCUGGUACUCCGGAACUGCCCCCCAGAGUCACCUGCCCCCCUGGCUCUCCUGAGGCUGCCGCUACAUACCCGCCCCCCCCCAGCCCACCCCCUGAGCCCUCUGCUAAAGCCUCUCGUCCCCCAGGCUCCCCAGAGGGACCCGAAGACUCCCCAGUGUACCCACAGUCCCCCGAGGAUCCUGAUUUCAGCCCCUCUCCCCCUUCCAGGGACUCAGGGCUCCGGCGCUCUUCAGAGGGGGUGUUGCAGCCCCCGACUGCAGGGCAGGGCAUGGGGGAGCUGGGGGGCUCGCUGAGCGCCCUGCCCCGUCCCGGGGACCCGCUGUCAGAGCCGUCCCUGGGCAGCGAGUCCGGCUGGAGCCUUUCCCAGUCCUUCGAGUGGACGUUCCCCUCGCGGGGGGCACGGCGGCUAGCAUCCCCGCCCCGGUCCCCCAUCCGGGAGACGGCCGACUCAGGGCUGUCUGAAGAGGGCGAGUCGGACGGGGAGGAUCCAGCCCCCUGCCCCCCGCGCUCUCGGGGGGACAGUGGAUCUGAAGGGCCUGUCCCCGCAGUGGCCGGCAGCCGGGGAGUGGAGGGGGCUCCGUGUCCGGGGGGUCCCGUGGCCCAGCGAGAGGUGGAGGAAGAGGAGGAGGAAGGGGAGGCAGAGCAGGAUGCCACCGUGGCCCACUCCCCUCUCUGCGUGACGGAUCCUGGCCGGGACCCGGCUGAGUCCGAGCCCCCUGCCCAGCCCGGCCUCAUCGAGGCCGCCCCACCGGAUCUGGCCCCAUCCGAUCCGGCCGCUGCGGCUGACUCAGCCUGGGUGCCGGCAGGCGACUCCCCCGUGAGCCUGCAGGGCCCCGGCGGGCCGGGCCAGGCCGAAGGAUCCUCGAGGGGCCCCGAUCCCCAUGCCGACCCGGGCUGGCUGACGGAGCUGCUGGCGUCGCCCGGGGCCCACACCGCGACGCAUGGCUCUCCGGAUGCGGAGGGGCCGGAGGACCUGCUCGGCUGGUCGCGGAAGGACCUGUGCAGUGAAUUCGGCAUUGGCAGGCCUCGCCAGGCCAGCACCUUCGACUGGACCCGCGAGGCCGUGGCCAGGGAGAGAGACUGGCCUGGUGAGACGGAGCAGGACCGGGAAUUUGGGACCAAAUCAAGCUGGGACAGCACCUGCAGCGUCAGGGAUGGGGACCGGCAGGAUGGGCCCUUCAGCACCACCAGGAGGGACUGGGGCAGCGAUUACAAAGGGACGGAGCUGAUGGGGGAAACGAGACUGGGCUGCAGCGACUGGUCCAAAUCCCACGGUGUGGGGGAAAGCUGCCUGCAGAAUCAAGACUUCGGUGCUGGCAAACCCAAGUGGGGCACGGGCUAUGGCUUGGACAGCACGGGCAGCAGGGAGGAGAUCGGCUCCGGGAAGGCUGACUGGAGCAGCAGCUACGGCGUGGGAUGCAGCCAGCAGCAGGACGAGGAGCCGAGCUCCAGGCAGCCCAGCUGGGCUGGCAGGUACGGCUCCGGGGACCCAGAGAGCCAGGAUGGGGAGAUCACACCUGCGUGGGCUGGUGAAUAUGGCACCAGUGAUGCGGAGAUGAAGGACAGGGAGCUCACCCCAAACUGGGCCAGUAAAUACAGCAGCAGGGAUGCUGAGACCAAGGACAAGGAUUUUACGCUGGGUUGGGCUGGCAGAUCCAGCACUGGGGACACUGGGACCCCAGACAAAGAGUUCAGCUCCAGCAGGCCAGCCUGGGAGAGCAAAUACAGCACCAGGGACAUGGAGAGCCAGGACCGGGAGUUCAGCCCCAGCAGACCAGCUUGGACUGGUGAGUACAGCGCCCGAGACAUGGAGAGCCAGGACCGGGAGUUCAGCCCCAGCAGACCGGCCGAGGUCGAUGAAUACACCAGGGACAUGGAGAGCCAGGACCGGGAGUUCAGCCCCAGCAGACCGGCCGAGGUCGAUGAAUAUACCAGGGACAUGGAGAGCCAGGACCGGGAGUUCAGCCCCGGCCGACCGGCCUGGGAUGGCGAGUACCGCAGCAGGGACAUGGAGAGCCAAGACCGGGAGUUCAGCCCCAGCAGACCGGCCUGGGAUGGCGAGUACCGCAGCAGGGACAUGGAGAGCCAAGACCGGGAGUUCAGCCCCAGCAGACCGGCCGAAGCCAGCGAGUACAGCACCAGGGAUGCAGAGACCCAGGACGGGGAGUUCAAACCCAGCAGACCGGCCUGGGAUGAUGGAUACAGCAACAGGGACGUGGAGACCCAGGACAGGGAGUUCAGCCCCAGCAGACCGGCCUGGGAUGAUGGAUACAGCAACAGGGACGUGGAGACCCAGGACAGGGAGUUCAGCCCCAGCAGACCGGCCUGGGAUGAUGGAUACAGCAACAGGGACGUGGAGACCCAGGACAGGGAGUUCAGCCCCAGCAGACUGGCCUGGGAUGAUGGAUACAGCAACAGGGACGUGGAGACCCGGGAUGUGGAGUUCAAACCCAGCAGACCAGCCUGGGCCAGCGAGUACAGCAGCAGAGAGAUGGAGACUCAGGACAGCGGGUUCAAACCUAGCAGACCAGCCUGGGAUGACAAAUACAGCACCAGGGACAUGGAGAUCCAGGACAGUGGGUUCAAACCCAGCAGACCGGCCUGGGCCAGCGAGUACAGCUCUACGAACACGGAAAAGGAAGAGAGAGAGUUUAGUCCUGGCCGGCUGAGCUGGGCUGGUGAGCGCAGCGUUGGCCAAAACGAGGCGGUCGAUGCUUUUGGUGUCAGGAAAGACGACUUGCCUGGCUCCUGUGACCUCGAUCCCCCGGCCCAGGAGCCCGGCUGGGGCAGCACCGACCGGCAGGAGCAUGGUGCCAUCGAUAGCAGGGGCUGGGCUGAAGAGCUUGGAGAAGCCGAGUGCCGCAACCAAUUUGGCAUCAUUGGGACAGAGCGGGUGCCAGAUCCCUCCAGCGCUGGAGCGUCAUCAGAUGGCUCGAUGUCCUGGGCUGGUGGAAUGAGGGCUGGGGGCCUGCAGGAGCCCCUGGGAGACUGGCACAGGGAUCUCUCCUUCGGCAGCUCGGAUCCAGGCUGGAGCCGGGACCUCGACACAGCCGGCUGGAGCGUGGAGCUGCGCGACGCCGAGGCCAAGCGCCGGGAGUGGGCUAGCGCAUUUGGCGCCCGCUGCGCGGCCCGGAGCCGGGACUUCAGCACUGGGGAGCAGAGCCCAGGAGAUGACGCCGGCUCGGCAGACAGCAGAAGCAUCCAUCUCUCGGACCCCAGCCCGCUGAUGGACAAUGCUCCAGCUGACCCCACAGCUGCAGCGUCCCCCCAGAGCGAGCCACCCAGCCCCACGGAGGAGGAGAGGGACUCCCCCGAGCCAGCCGUUGCCCCGCGGAGCCCCGGGGCCUCCCCUCCGCAGCCGGAGGCUGCUGACAGGACCCUGCCAGACACGGAGAGCGAAGAAGCCCCCUCGGACCACCCAGAUGGGAAGAGGCCACCAAGCUGGGAGGAGAAGCGGCUCUCCCUGGGCGCCCCUCAGCCUGAGGGACCCACGGACCACGCUGGGCAGGAAUUCACCUUCCUGGAGGACACGGAGGUCCUGGACAGCAGCGUGUACCGCAGCAAGGCCAACCUGGGCCGCAAGCGCAGGCACCGGGCACCAGCCCUCCGCCCCGGGGCUGCCUCGGAAGGGGACAGCUGGAUCUUCCAGGACUCCACAGAGCCCCGUCCAGCCCGCCCGGCAGCAUCCUCCGACGAGGAGGCAGCGGAAGAACCCAAGAGCCGGCGGGUGCGAGCGUCCCCAUCGGGCAAGGGGGUCAAGGUGCCGCUCUUCCCCGGCCUCAACACGUCCGCCCUCAAGGCCAAGCUGAGGGGCCGAAACCGCUCGGCCGAAGAGGGGGCGUCGCUGGGGGACAGCAAGGCAGCCCCCCCCAAGGACUCCCACGUGCAGCGCUCCAAGUCCUGCAAGAUCCCCGGCUUGAGUGGGAAACCCCUGGCGCUGCCCCCCAAGCCGGAAAAGUCCUCGGGGUCCGACGCCUCCCCUCCACACUGGCUGCAAGCGCUGAAGCUGAAAAAGAAGAAGCCUUGAGCGGGGCUCGCUCUCCUGCCA